AUGAACUAAUAGAGAUGUCCCAAUAAACAACAUAAUUUAUAUCGGCAUCAAGCCAUAAGAUACAAAGAUGAAACAAUUAUAGAUUCUACUCAUACAAAAUCAUAAAUAUCAGAUUAGAGUAUAAAAUUAUGAAUAAUUUGAGAAAUGUCUAAAAUAUCAGAAAUCAAAGUCGUAAAUGAUUUUUCAAUAGAUUCAUAAUAUUUAGAUCGUAGUAGUAUUUUAGAAUAAUCUUUGGAAAAUGAUUUGCGUUAAUGGUAAUAAGCUUAUAAGAUAGACAAUUUAAUUGUUUAAAAACUUGAAAAAGGUUUAAAUUACUAAUAUAGUAGAAAUAAAAGAUAUUGAUAAUUAAAUAGUUUAGAUUGCAACAUAAUUCGAUGUUUGUAUGAACUUACAAUAAAAAACAGAAUCCAAAUUUAAAGAGUUUUAAUAACUUAUGAAAGGUACAUAAUUUAUUAAAUUUUCCCGAUCUAACUGUAAAAAAUGGGAUUAAAGAAUGAUUUUUUAUUGUUCAUUUUUAGAUUCAAUAUGUUGGAAAUCAAAAUCUUCAAAAUUUCCAUCAGCUAAAUAAACUAUUCCUAUAGAUUAAAUAAUUUAGAUACAUACUAAUUAUAAUAAGUAAUAUUGAAUUAAUAUUAUGUAGAUAUAAAAUGAUAAAAAAGAGUUUUGUUUUACCUUAAAAUGCUGAAUAGGAUUGUUUUUUAGCGAUUGAAGCAAAAAAUGGAAUUCGAUUAGAAUUAUUGGCAGAGAAUAAAGAAGAUUAAUUGUUAUAUGCUAGAAUUUUGAAUCUUUUAAUAAAUAAAGAAAGAAAUGUUAAAAGCUAAAAUUAAAUAAUAAUUGAAUAAUAUAGUAUGGAUAUUAAUCUAAUAAGAAAAGUAUUGUUUAUUAAUAAAUGAAACUAGAAUUUAGAAGGAUCUAAAAAGAAUUUCUUAGAAACUAUUGAGAAGCUAUAGCAAACUUUUAUUUCUACAACUUCAACAUUAUUGAAAUAAGAGAGAGAGAAAACAAAAACGAUAAAAAAAAAAUCUUAGCAUUAUGUUUUUUAAAGUAAACUUUAAUUAGAAGAUAUGAAUAAAGAAAAUAAAAUAUAGAAAAAGUAAAUAAAGGAAUUGUAGUUAGAAAAUGAUUAUUUAGAAAGUAGAAUAGAAUAAUUAUAAGAAUAUUACACUUAAAGAUAAUUAUAAAUUAAGAGUUCAAGUAAUCCUUAAUAGAUUUAGUUAUAUUAAAUGAUAAAAGACAUAAUAGGUAUGAAUGGAGAUUAAAAUAUUCAAAAUGAAUCCUAAUAUGAAUAUUAACCAUAAGACUAUCAUGAAGAAAAUAUUAAAAAUUUACAAAAGCUUUCCACUCUCUAUGAUAGAUAAUCAAGUACUGAAAUAGAACUAAGAUCAUUUAUUAAAGAACUAUAAUAAGAGAAAUAGUAAAUAGCUACUCAAUUAUAAUAAUCAUAAUUAGAUUUACAUGAAUAGGAAACGUAUAUAAUUGAAUUAGAAAAUAUAAACAAUUUGUUAUAAACUAAAUUACAAGAUGUGAAUCAGGUAUUAGAAUUCAAAGAGUAACAAUUUUCUAAUUUAGUUUAAGAUAUGCAGAAAUUACAAUAGGAAAUUCCUAAAUUGAUGAAUAAUAAUUAAUAAUCUAUUCACACAGAAACCAGAAGACUCUAAACUGAAAAUGAUAAACUAAAAGAUACUAUACAAAAUAAAAUAAGAGAAUUAAAAAAGUAUAUAUGAUAUUAAUGUUAGUUAAAUGAUAAAGGAUGAAUAAAAUUGGAUGUAUUUCUUUGUUCAAAUUAUUUCUUAAAUUUGUUACUAUAUUGCACCUGAUGAUUUAUCAUCUGACAUUAAUAUAACUAUUUAAGGAUUGUAUUAUAAAUUGUGUGAAAAAGCAUAUGGAGAGUCAUAAUCUUAGUUAGAAAACUUGAUCAAUUUGAUUAAAUAAAAGGCUAACUUCUUUUAAAAAUAAUAUAAAGAACAGUUUGAAUAAUUAUUUAAGGAUUAAUAGGCUAUAUUAUGUAGUUUAGCAUCUAGUAAUAAAUAAAAUAAAAUUAUUAGAAUUGCCUUCUCCAAAAACAACAAAUUCUAGAUAAUCAUCUCAUUAAACUUUACAAUUAGAUAACACAUUUUAAUCUCCAAGUAGAGUUUUUGUGAAAAAUAAGGCUAAAUUAACAAAAGAUAAUCAUCCUUUAGAUUCUUUAUAAAUAUAAUAUUUGACUUAAUUAAUUAAAUGA